AAUUACAAGAGAAGCGAGCAAGUGGAAAACAGACCAGCGAGAGAGAGCGAGAGAGAGCGAGAGAGAAGAGGAAGACGAAGAGAGAAACAGAGUAGGGAUCGAUAGACCGUGGAAUCUUCGAAUCACUCACUUUGCAAAAGUUCUCAAGGGUUUUAAUUCUUAUUUAUUUUAUAAAUAAAACUAUUUUCGUACUCUAGGGUUUUGCUUGCUCUUCUUCGUGACCCCUUUAACCUGGAAAAUUGGCGUGUUUCGUACGGUCUAUCUAACCCUUAUUCUGUCACAAAACACCUCUCUUCACUCACCGUAAUGUCUUCCCGUUUCUGGGUUUCCUCAGUUCUCGUGUUUUUUAUUCUGUUUCGUCUGGGUUUUCUCUGAAGAUUUGGUUUUUGAGUGAGCUCUUUUUUUUUUUUCUAAAAAAAUUGUUUUUGAUUUGAUUGAUUAUUAUAGAAUAUGGUAAUGGAAGAUGAGCGUAGGGGUGACAUAAAGCCGCCUUCUUAUUGGCUCGAUGCUUGCGAAGACAUAUCUUGUGAUCUUAUCGACGAUCUCGUGUCUGAUUUUGAUCCUUCCUCUGUUGCUGUCGCUGAAUCCGUAGACGAAAACGGCGUGAACAACGAUUUUUUCGGUGGAAUUGAUCACAUUUUAGAUAGUAUUAAGAACGGUGGAGGCUUACCAAACAGAGCUCAUAUCAAUGGCGUUUCUGAGACCAAUUCUCAAAGAAUUAACGGUAAUAGCGAGGUCAGUGAAGCUGCUCAGUUGAUUGCUGGAGAGACUACUGUCUCCGUGAAGGGGAAUGUGUUGCAAAAGUGUGGCGGUAAGAGAGACGAGGUGUCGAAAGAGGAAGGAGAGAAGAAUAGGAAGAGAGCUAGGGUUUGUAGUUAUCAGAGGGAAAGGAGUAACCUUUCAGGUAGAGGACAGGCUAAUUCUAGGGAGGGUGAUAGGUUUAUGAAUAGGAAACGGACUCGGAAUUGGGACGAGGCGGGUCACAAUAAGAGAAGAGAUGGUUACAACUAUAGAAGAGAUGGUAGAGAUAGAGAAGCUAGGGGUUAUUGGGAGAGGGAUAAAGUUGGCUCAAAUGAGUUGGUUUAUCGGUCGGGGACUUGGGAAGCUGAUCACGAAAGAGAUUUAAAGAAAGAGAGUGGAAGAAACCGAGAAAGCGACGAGAAGGCAGAGGAGAACAAGAGUAAGCCUGAAGAACAUAAAGAGAAGGUUGUGGAAGAGCAAGCACGGCGAUAUCAAUUGGAUGUGCUUGAACAAGCUAAAGCGAAAAACACUAUUGCUUUCCUUGAGACCGGUGCAGGAAAGACUCUUAUCGCGAUUCUUCUAAUCAAAAGUAUUCACAAGGAUCUAACGAGCCAGAACAGAAAAAUGCUCUCGGUGUUCUUGGUCCCUAAAGUGCCAUUGGUUUAUCAGCAAGCAGAAGUGAUCCGUAAUCAAACUUGUUUUCAAGUUGGGCAUUAUUGUGGUGAGAUGGGACAAGAUUUCUGGGAUGCUCGAAGGUGGCAGCGAGAGUUUGAGUCUAAGCAGGUGCUAGUAAUGACUGCACAAAUUCUGUUGAAUAUACUGAGACACAGCAUUAUAAGAAUGGAAGCGAUUAAUCUUCUUAUCCUCGACGAGUGUCACCACGCUGUCAAGAAACAUCCGUACUCUCUGGUGAUGUCAGAGUUUUACCACACAACUCCGAAGGAUAAAAGACCUGCCAUCUUUGGAAUGACUGCUUCGCCUGUUAAUCUAAAGGGUGUUUCUAGCCAAGUAGAUUGUGCGAUAAAGAUACGCAAUCUUGAGACCAAGUUGGAUUCAACAGUUUGUACGAUCAAAGAUCGAAAGGAGUUGGAGAAACAUGUGCCGAUGCCUUCAGAGAUUGUCGUGGAGUAUGACAAAGCUGCUACCAUGUGGUCUCUUCAUGAGAAAAUAAAGCAAAUGAUUGCAGCUGUUGAAGAAGCAGCACAAGCAAGUUCAAGGAAAAGCAAGUGGCAGUUCAUGGGGGCUAGGGAUGCUGGAGCCAAGGAUGAACUGAGACAGGUUUAUGGCGUCUCUGAAAGAACGGAGAGCGAUGGAGCCGCCAAUUUGAUUCAUAAACUUAGAGCGAUUAAUUAUACUCUUGCUGAAUUGGGUCAAUGGUGUGCUUACAAGGUGGCACAAUCGUUCUUGACUGCGUUGCAAAGUGACGAGAGGGUGAAUUUCCAAGUCGAUGUGAAGUUUCAAGAAUCGUACCUCAGCGAAGUUGUGUCACUCUUGCAAUGUGAGCUUUUGGAAGGAGCUGCUGCUGAAAAGGCCGUCGCGGAGUUGAGCAAACCGGAAAAUGGUAACGCAAAUGAUGAGAUCGAGGAAGGAGAGCUCCCUGAUGAUCAUGUGGUCUCUGGAGGGGAGCACGUUGAUAAAGUCAUAGGCGCGGCAGUGGCUGAUGGGAAAGUUACUCCAAAAGUUCAAUCAUUGAUCAAACUACUCCUCAAGUAUCAGCACACAGCUGAUUUCCGCGCUAUUGUUUUUGUUGAGAGAGUGGUUGCUGCUUUGGUUCUUCCAAAGGUUUUCGCUGAGCUGCCUUCUCUUGGUUUUAUUCGGUGCGCCAGCAUGAUCGGGCACAAUAACAGCCAGGAAAUGAAAUCAUCUCAAAUGCAGGAUACGAUUUCCAAAUUUCGAGAUGGCCAGGUGACACUGUUAGUCGCCACAAGUGUUGCUGAGGAAGGACUUGAUAUUAGGCAGUGUAACGUUGUUAUGCGUUUCGACCUUGCAAAGACGGUGCUAGCAUACAUUCAGUCGCGUGGUCGGGCAAGAAAGCCUGGAUCAGACUACAUACUCAUGGUUGAGAGGGAAAAUGUAUCUCACGCAGCAUUCUUGAGGAAUGCUAGGAACAGUGAGGAGACGCUGCGAAAAGAAGCAAUAGAAAGGACUGAUCUUAGUCAUCUCAAAGAUUCAUCGAGGCUUAUCUCCAUUGAUGCUGUGCCUGGUACAGUUUAUAAGGUGGAGGCAACUGGUGCCAUGGUUAGCUUGAAUUCCGCGGUUGGUCUCAUACAUUUCUACUGCUCUCAGCUUCCUGGUGACAGGUAUGCGAUUCUUCGUCCUGAGUUUAGCAUGGUGAAACAUGAAAAGCCUGGAGGACACACCGAGUAUUCAUGCAGGCUUCAGCUCCCUUGCAAUGCACCAUUUGAAAUACUCGAGGGUCCUGUUUGUAGUUCAAUGCGUCUUGCACAACAGGCUGUAUGCCUAGCUGGUUGCAAGAAACUGCAUGAGAUGGGUGCAUUUACGGAUAUGCUAUUGCCGGACAAGGGAAGUGGUCAAGACGCUGAGAAGGCUGACCAGGAUGAUGAAGGUGAACCCAUUCCUGGAACUGCUAGACAUAGAGAGUUCUAUCCCGAAGGUGUGGCGGAUGUACUUAAGGGAGAAUGGAUUUUAUCAGGAAAGGAAAUUUGUGAGAGCUCAAAGCUAUUCCAUUUAUACAUGUACAGUGUUAGAUGUGUAGAUUCUGGGGUUUCAAAAGAUCCAUUCCUAACUGAAGUUUCAGAAUUCGCAGUUCUUUUUGGCAAUGAGCUGGAUGCAGAGGUAUUAUCGAUGUCUAUGGAUCUUUAUGUUGCUCGGGCCAUGAUCACCAAAGCAUCUCUUGCUUUCAGGGGAUCACUGGAUAUUACAGAAAGCCAGCUAUCAUCUAUUAAAAAAUUUCAUGUGAGAUUGAUGAGUAUUGUCUUAGAUGUUGAUGUGGAACCCUCCACGACACCAUGGGACCCUGCAAAGGCCUACUUGUUUGUCCCUGUUGCUGACAAUUCGUCUGCAGAACCCAUAAAAGGAAUCAACUGGGAGUUAGUUGAAAAGAUUACCAAAACCACUGUUUGGGACAACCCUCUUCAGAGAGCUCGUCCUGAUGUAUACCUCGGGACUAAUGAGAGAACUCUUGGUGGGGACAGAAGGGAGUAUGGGUUUGGUAAACUUCGACACAACAUUGGAUUUGGGCAGAAAUCUCACCCAACUUAUGGUAUUAGAGGAGCUGUUGCAUCUUUCGAUGUCGUGAGAGCUUCUGGAUUGUUACCUGUUAGAGAUGCUCUUGAGAAGGAAGUAGAAGGUGAUCUAUCACAAGGAAAACUGAUGAUGGCAGAUGGGUGCAUGGUUGCAGAAAAUCUUUUAGGGAAAAUUGUGACAGCUGCACAUUCCGGGAAACGGUUUUAUGUGGACUCCAUUUGUUAUGACAUGAGUGCAGAAACGUCUUUCCCAAGGAAAGAGGGAUACCUAGGUCCUCUGGAAUACAACACUUAUGCUGACUAUUACAAGCAAAAGUAUGGAGUUGAUUUGAGUUGUAAGCAGCAACCUUUGAUCAAAGGACGAGGUGUUUCGUAUUGCAAGAAUCUUCUUUCUCCUCGUUUUGAACAGUCAGGUGAAUCUGAGACGAUCCUUGAUAAAACAUAUUACGUGUUUCUUCCACCUGAACUGUGCGUUGUGCAUCCGCUUUCGGGUUCACUUGUCCGAGGUGCCCAGAGGUUGCCCUCUAUAAUGAGAAGAGUUGAGAGCAUGUUGCUCGCUGUUCAGCUCAAAAAUCUGAUUAGUUAUCCUAUUCCAACUUCAAAGAUUCUGGAAGCCUUGACUGCUGCCUCGUGCCAGGAGACGUUCUGCUACGAGAGAGCUGAGCUUUUGGGAGAUGCGUAUCUGAAAUGGAUCGUUAGCCGUUUCUUGUUUCUCAAGUAUCCGCAGAAGCACGAGGGUCAGCUUACAAGGAUGAGACAACAGAUGGUGAGUAACUUGGUUCUUUAUCAGUAUGCUCUUGUUAAAGGGCUUCAGUCAUAUAUCCAGGCGGAUCGUUUCGCCCCGUCUAGGUGGUCUGCUCCUGGCGUGCCUCCGGUUUAUGACGAGGACACAAAAGAUGGAGGUUCUUCGUUUUUCGACGAAGAGGAAAAACCUGAGGGAAACAAGGACGUGUUUGAAGAUGGAGAAAUGGAAGAUGGUGAAUUGGAGGGUGACUUGAGCUCUUACCGAGUUUUGUCUAGCAAGACGCUGGCCGAUGUUGUUGAAGCUUUGAUUGGUGUUUAUUACGUCGAAGGAGGUAAAACAGCAGCGAAUCAUCUGAUGAAAUGGAUUGGGAUUCAUGUGGAGGAUGACCCUGAAGAAACCGAAGGCUCGGUGAAACCGGUUUAUAAUGUUCCAGAGAGCGUGCUCAAGAGCAUCGACUUUGUUGGUCUAGAGAGAGCUCUGAAAUACGAGUUUACAGAGAAAGGUCUUCUCGUUGAAGCUAUAACACAUGCUUCAAGGCCGUCUUCAGGUGUUUCUUGUUACCAGAGAUUGGAGUUUGUUGGUGAUGCUGUCUUGGAUCAUCUUAUUACAAGGCAUUUGUUUUUCACAUACACAAGCCUUCCUCCUGGCCGGUUAACAGAUCUCCGAGCUGCAGCGGUUAACAACGAGAAUUUUGCUCGUGUUGCUGUUAAACAUAAACUCCACUUGUACCUUCGUCACGGUUCUAGCGCCCUUGAGAAACAGAUUCGGGAUUUUGUGAAGGAAGUUCUAACAGAGUCUUCGAAACCGGGGUUUAACUCUUUUGGUUUGGGAGACUGUAAAGCCCCAAAAGUUCUUGGAGAUAUUGUGGAAUCUAUUGCAGGUGCUAUCUUUCUUGAUAGUGGAAAAGAUACAACUGCUGCUUGGAAGGUGUUUCAACCUUUGCUACAACCAAUGGUGACACCAGAGACACUACCGAUGCAUCCGGUUCGAGAGCUGCAAGAGCGGUGUCAGCAACAAGCAGAAGGAUUAGAAUACAAAGCAAGUCGCAGUGGUAACACAGCGACUGUGGAAGUCUUUAUUGACGGUGUUCAAGUGGGAGCUGCGCAGAACCCUCAGAAGAAAAUGGCUCAAAAGCUAGCGGCGAGGAACGCUCUCGCAGCUUUGAAAGAGAAAGAAGCAGAGGAAUCAAAGAAGAAGCAGGCCAAUGGGAACGCCGCGGGAGAGAAUCAAGACGAUAAUGAAAAUGGGAACAAGAAGAAUGGCAACCAGACAUUCACGAGACAGACGUUGAAUGAUAUUUGCUUGAGGAAAAAUUGGCCAAUGCCUUCUUACAGAUGCGUAAAAGAAGGAGGACCUGCACAUGCAAAGAGAUUUACUUUUGGGGUAAGAGUGAACACAAGCGAUAGAGGAUGGACUGAUGAAUGUAUUGGGGAGCCGAUGCCGAGUGUUAAGAAGGCUAAAGAUUCAGCUGCUAUUCUUCUACUUGAGCUUUUAAACAAAACCUAUUCUUGAUUUUUCACUCUCAAUUACUCAAAGGAGAUGGGGACUACAAUUGCGGAUUUGGUAAUUUGUUAUGAUGAGUUAAAAUUUAGCUUAAUUUUAUAUAUGUUCAAACCAAAUGAGAUGUGUCUACUAGCCAUGUUCUUUUUGGAAAGAGUCGAUUGUACUCAUAUAUCUCAUCUGUAUCCAUCUAAUAAUACUUCUUUUUUUCACAAAUAUUCAAGAGGAAAAAUGUAAAAGAACAGUGGAAGGUUUCUUA